AGCAUUGCAUUGUGGGAUCGUGGUUGAUACCGUCCUAUCAUGGCGGAAGAGUUAGCUGGCUAACCAACGUUGUCGGUACGCGAUUGUUUGGCUUCGCACGCUUUUGGAACUACGACCGCGGCAGCUUGGCAUUUUGCACGCACUUACUGCAGCCGAAACUUAAACUGGUGUUGCCUGAGAAGACCCUUUUUUUAAAAAAAGCACCUGCAACAUAUCAAAUGGAGUGUGCAGUGGACAUUCCAGCUGGUGAGGAUGAGACAACGGAGAAAGAUGACGUAAAUUCCAAGGAAUCGACCGAACCGCCCCAUAAGAAAAACAAGAAGCACAAAAAACACAAGAACAAGAAGAAAAAGAAGAAGAGAAAGGGCGAAAGGGAAAGCAGUUCGGAGUCUGGUGCCGAGUCUGAGACGGAACCAACAUCUCCACCGAAACCUGUCCGGACUACUAGAGCCAGUGCAAGGCUGGCAGCGGCAAAAACUGGUGAUCAUGCCGGGCAGAAGGAAGACAAAACAGAUUGUGUGGACAAGGAAGCAGAUACAAAAUCUAAAAAACACAAAAGACAUGCCGCCAAGAAGAAGAAAAAGAAGAAGAAGAAGGACGAAAAGAAAUCCCAGUCUCGCUCUUCAUCUGAUAGCAGCUCAGGUUCGGGUUCUGAGUCUGAAGCGGAGAUGCGUGCAGCGGCCGGCGAUGGCAAACCCUCUCCAACUGUAGCGCCUGGUCGCCAUGACCCGGUGACCAGAAUGUCGACGAGAGGCAAACGAGGUGAUGAGAAAGCCGUUCCGAUCCUUAUACCGAAUCCUGAGCCGCUUGAAGUGAAAAGGGAGAGCGUCGGCGACAUGGAUGUUUCCCCGAAAGCCGAAACGCCCGCAAACGACAGUCACACCAAUGGAACAGAAAAAAAUAUCAAAUCGCCAUCACCCUGCGAGGAAGCGAUAACACAGACGGCAACGGUUGAGGUAAAAGAAGAAGCCUGUCCUGGGGAUGGGACUUUCAGCCAAGCUCAGGAACUCCCAGAUAUUAUUCCCAAACAGGAAGGCAAUGCACAGAGAGAUGAACCAGUGCAAAAAGAUGACUCCGAUGUAAUCCAGCCGGAAACAUUAAAGGAAUCUAAUUCACCCACGCCGGGUGAAUUACAGGCCAAUUACGCACCAAUUACAGGCCCAGAUAUUAAGCAGUCUGGAUCACAACAUAGUCGGUCACCAUCCCCGAGUCCCCCUCAGCAGAACAUCGAUGGUCAAGCAGUGGCCGCAACAGAAGAACCACCGGGAAAUGAUUCCGGAUCAGCCUCAAAGGACAAACAAUCUCCCACGCCUCCGGAGAAGUUGUCUCGUUCCAUCUCUCGCUCCCGGUCUCCAAAAACGAGAAAGAAGUCCAUCUCCCCGCCUUCCAAGUCUCCAAAGAGAGCUCGGCGCCAAUCACGGUCCAGCUCUCGUUCCCUCACGCCCAAGAAGAAGACCGUAAAGUCCCCGCGGAAAUCAAAGUCGCCGAGACGUCGCAGGAGCUCGUUGUCCGUGUCGCCAAAGCGACAUCGAAGUCCACCAUCUCCGAAAAGAAGAGCCUCAAGAUCACCAAAACGCAGUAACCGCAGGUCUCGUUCCAAGUCUCGGUCUCCAAGGCGAAGCCGGAGAAGGUCCGACUCCCGCCCACGAGGAGGUUUGAGGCGCUCACGAACCCGCUCUCCCAGACGUAGCGGUGCAGGCAACAGGCGCUCACGGUCACGCUCCGCUAACAGGGCACGUCGCUCCAGAUCUAGACGCCCUUACCGCCGGUCCAGGUCCCGUUCCUUGGCUAAACGUGCCGGUGGCAGACGCUCGAGGAGUCGAUCUCUGUCACGACAUAGGAGGUCACCACCUCCCAGAUCACGUCGCUCACGUUCUCGAUCUGCCCGCAGGAGCAGGCGGACUCGAUCGCGUACUCCCGUAAGCUACAAGCGUCAUCGCCGCUCGAGAUCAAGGAGUCCACGCAAACGGACCAAAUCCCGAACCCCUUCAUUCCGCUGGCGCUCCAAAUCCAGAUCUCCGCUUAGAAGGCGCUCUCGCUCCCCAGCCAGGAGAAAGCGAUCUCCACCACCGAGGUCGAACAAACGCUCAAAAUCCCGCUCGUUGCCGAGAAGGCACCGCUCAAAGACGCAUUCGCCACUACCGAGCCGAAAGAGGUCCAAGUCUCCGAGGAUCAGCAGCAGAAGGUCAAAGUCAAAAUCUGUCUCUGUUGGCUUGCACAGAUCCAAGUCCAGGUCCCGGUCUGAGUCAAGUGAUAGGCCGUCUGAUAGCUCGUCCCCUGCCCGAUCCACUUCAUCUCUUCCCAUUGAGGAAAAGACAUCCUCUUCUCCCCAAGCGGAGCAACAAACCGACCAACCGACCCAAGAACAGACGAUACCAGAUGAUGUAGUGGCUUCUCCAGCAGUUGCUACAGGUGGUUGGAAGCCUGUGACUUCAUUCGGUCCCUCCAGUCCCCAAGCUGCUAUCUCUGUGGAUGAGUCCCAGCAGCAGCCUGAGCCUCCUGCUGCCAUCCUCGAACCGGAACCAGAACCCGAACCGGAACAAGAACAGGAGCAAGAACAGGAGCAGGAGCAAGAACAGGAACAGGAGCAGGAGGAGGCCACCAUAUCCCACGAACAAGAUGUUUCUGGUUCCCAGGACCCUGGCGCUGGGCCAGAUGGCUCUGACGGAUCUGAAGGGUCAGGCGAAGGAUUGAAUUCUGCCUUGCCAGUAGAAGCGGAAGCAAAAUUCCAGAGAAGUUCCUCAGGUUCACCGUCUCCAGGAAGGCAGACUAAAGAACUGUCGCGGUCACCAGUCAAUCAAAGGGAACAGUCUCGGUCAGCUUCGCCUCGGAAAAGAUCCAAGUCUCCAGUGAGGAAGAGGGAAUCGGUCUCUCCAUCAGAAAAGAAGAAGCGUCGGUCAAAAUCUCGGAGUCCGGGCCGCCGCCGAAAAUCCAGUCCUUCCCGCUCCGGCACCCGACGCAAGCGAUCCCGUUCCAAGUCUCGAACUAGAGCGCGCCGAUCCAAGUCUCGCUCUCCGGCACGCAAGAGACGAUCCCGCUCGCCCAACGCCAGGGGGAGGAAGAGAUCCAAAUCCACCGACAGGAACAAGCGAUCACGGAGCCGCUCUGCAGGCCGAAAGAAAAGAUCUAGGUCAGGAGACAGGGGUAGGAGAUCCAGGUCUCGUUCCUCGGAGCGAAGGCGCCGGUCGAGGUCGAGAGGGCGAGGGAGACGUCCGGUGUUUCGCAGUCGCUCCUUUGACAGACGGGACAGGUGGAAGAGGGAACCUAGUCACUCUCCGGUUCUGAUUCUCCGCAAACAGCGCCGCUCAGGGUCCCGGACGCGUCGCAGCACUAGCAAGACUCCUCCACGGCUUACAGAAUUGGAUAAGGACCAGUUACUGGAGAUAGCCAAGGCCAACGCGGCCGCCAUGUGUGCCAAAGCCGGGGUACCAAUCCCCGAGAGUCUGCGGCCAAAAGCCAUUCUUCAGCUUCCCCUGCCGACCCCGUCUCCCACGCCGCUAUCGCUUCCUCUACCGUUACCCCUCCCCAUGGGCAUGGGGAUGCCAAAUAUGCCCAACAUGGGUCCAAUGGGGUUGCCCACUAUUCCAGGCAUGCCCAACAUGUCCAACAUCACCAUGAGUGCGGCCAUGGCAAGCAUGACGGCGGCCACGAUGACGGCGGCCUUGACCAACAUGGGUGCUUUGGCAGCCAUGCCUCCCCUGGCCCCGCUUCCCACUAUCACCAACAAACCUCCUCCGUGUCUUGCGCCGCCGACGCCAUCCCUGAACCUGGACCACAUUGAGGAAGUGAAAAGGAAGGUCACGCAGCAAGCUAACAUCCACACUAUAAAGGAGCUAACAGAGAAAUGUAAGAUGAUAGCAAACAGUAAGGAGGAAAUGGCUGUUGCUAAACCACAUGUCUCAGAUGACGAGUUCUAGAAUCUUCAAGCCCUCAAGGUAAAAAUGCAGGCUCUCACUGACUAGAAGUUAGACACAUUGAAGAUACUUUUUCCUUCUUUAGGAGCCACUUCACUGACAGGAAAACGCAACAACAAAUACAAAAAAAAAAGCCCUUUUCAGGACAAACUAUAGUUCCCUGUUGGAGGUCAGGUGACGUGUAAGAACAUCCUAGUCGGUUGGCCUAGCACCAUCCCUAACUCUCCUCUACACUCUGCUCUGCAUAGUUUUGUGCGAGUGCGUCGCACCGCUGAAGAACGUGAACGCACCGACCUGUGUAUGACUAUAGCGCGAAUGUGAGUGUAUGUGUGUACAUAGUGAUUUUCACCGACAUCCCCUGCAGUGUUUCUGCUUAAUUCAAGCAGUCGCUGUUGUAAAGACUGAAACCAAACGUAAUAGUGGUGCAAAGUUUUUUGUUUUUGUAAAAGAUGUGUCUAAAUUGGUUUUACAUCCAAGGCUUUCUUAAAGGAUUGUGUUAAGCGGACACUGCUUCCUUCUUCUGCUGUAUCCCUUCUUUAAUCUUUUGUGGUUUCUUUUUUUUUUCUUUUUUAACAGAUUAAGUUUCAGUCAAUCCUCAUGCGUGAGUUGCUCGGAUAACGUUGGGUGCAAAAGGAAAACCUCAUGUUAUGAGAUCUGAGCUAUUCGGAAUGUUGUGGCUGCAAAACAAGAGUGGCAGACACAAAAUGCAUCACAUUCAAUUAGUUCUGCCCUGGUUGUGAUUAUCGUUCUCUAAAAGCGGCAGCUACAUUUAAGAAGGAGAUGCACGCUCUGAGGAAAUAAUUCAUGACAUAAAAAAAAAAAAGAACGGCUUGAGACGAGACUAGUUAUUAGUGUAUCAGACAAUCACCUUCUGUUUUUCGGGGAGUCAUCAAUGUCGCUUAUUAGAGCUGCCUUUUACAGCAUUUCAACUAAAUGAUGGUAUGGUAACGCGGUCGUUUCCAUUCGCUGGUGUGGGAAACGGAGCCAUCCACUCGCAACCAGGGCUAUCUAACUGGAUGGUAAUGUGAAGGCUUUUCUCAGCACAGAACUAAACAGCUCCAUAGUGUUGAAUGCCUUUUUUUGAGGUGAUUUAAAAAGACAGGGAAAUGGCAUUUUAUGAUUUACAAUUUUUUUUUGGUCAUUUGAAUAAGACGUUGCUUGCUCUGUAUAUAAAUGUGUUGAUGAUUAUUAAAAACCUCAGUGAUCUGUA